CAUCACAGUGCCGCAUGUUGCGUGUUCCAUGCUUCUGCAAGUAUUUUCAGCUGCUAUUCGACCAACGUAACCUUGGACAGCCCUAUAUAUUCUACCAGAGACCUAAACCAUGCUAAGACGUGUACUACCACGCUUGCCGCUUUUCCGGGUCUCUGCACCCAUACUUCCAAUAUCGUCGCGGUUGAGUGCUCGCCCAGUACCUGCGAUGUCCUUGACUGGCUCUCCACGUUUGUCGAGCCCGAGGCUGUUUCAUCACGUCCCUGCUCGCCUUACGUCAACCAUACCACCUCAAAACGAUCCAGCAUCACAGUUACCUCCAAACGCUACCCUUUCUCAAAGGCUGAAACACCUCAUUAAAUCCUAUGGAUGGUAUGCCCUCGGAGUGUACAUCGUCCUCUCCACACUGGACUUCACCAUCGCGUUUGCUGGAAUUAACCUGUUGGGCGCCGAGCAGGUCGCGUCUGCCGCCGCCUACAUCAAAGAGACUGCUAUCAGCUUCAUCCAUACCAAGCCACCAGAGCCUGGGCGUGAUGAAAUGGACGGCAUUUCUGCGGGAGAUGCGAGCCGCGAGGGCUUGUAUGCCACCUUGGUAUUGGCUUAUACCAUCCAUAAAACGCUAUUUUUGCCCGUCAGAGUUGGUUUGACAGCCGUUUUUACUCCUCGAUUGGUGGGCUGGCUGCGUACAAGAGGGUGGGCAGGUGGUGAGGGCGCCAGGAAAGCAGCACGCGACAUGAGGGAUAGGAUUCAAAGAAAGGAUUAAAAUCAGUUGAUCGGCGGAUCUGGGUAAGAGGCAAAUUGUAACGUCGUCGUUUUAUUCACACUACUCAUGUCAUAGUCAUAUAUUACUUGCAUGGCAAUUACCUUUAUUUGCCAUGAUCCUAAUUUCACACUAGAGGGUCGAUUGGAGACAUUGCAUGCAACCCUCUUUUGAACUAAGGUGCAGCCUUGAAAAUGAUGGCGGAAAGUAGAGAGCAACAGCACUUUGGGGUAUACGCGGGGAAAUCCAAUUCGAACACGCUACACGAGUAUGUUUAAAUUCAAAUUGAGU